UCAAUUUCCAAAUACUAAGGCUGUGUUUUUGUGCAGUAGUACCUAACACUUGUUUGUAAUGCAGACAUAUUUGUGAUCACAUGGGAACUCUUUUCCCUUGAUCCUUUCCACAGAUACUCUAUAAUUCGUGUACAAACUAAAAUAAAUGGAAUGUCAGAGGAACAUAUCAGAAUUCUUUCUCAUGGGUCUGUCUUCUAAGCAGAAUAUACAAGUGUUUUGCUUCAUCUUCUUCUCAUUCUGUUACCUUGCCAUCUUGUGUGGGAAUCUUCUGAUCCUUAUCUCAGUUAGGUGCAGUUCUCUGUUCAACCAACCAAUGUACUAUUUCCUCAGUCACCUAUCUUCCAUGGACAUCUGCUAUACUUCCUGUGUGACACCCAAACUGAUUGGGGAUCUGCUACUUAGAAGAAAAACCAUCUCCUAUGAAAACUGCAUGCUGCAGAUCUUUGCAAUGCACUUCUUUGGAAUGAUUGAAAUCUUAAUCCUGACAGUCAUGGCCUUUGACCGCUAUGUGGCCAUCUGCAGGCCUCUCCACUACUUGGUUAUCAUGAGCAGAACCAGGUGCCAUGUUCUGAUCUGGGCUUCCUGGGUUGGUGGAGCUGCCCACUCCUUUUCUCAGGUUUUUAUGCUAAUAUGUUUGCCCUUCUGUGACAUGAUUGAAAUUGACCACUACUACUGUGACAUUUUCCCUUUGCUUAAAAUUGCCUGUACUGACACCUACAUCACUGGUGUCCUCGUGGUUGCCAAUUCAGGAGUUGUUGCCUUGGUAAUAUUUGUUGUCUUGUUUGGUUCAUAUGUGGUUAUAUUGUUCACAUUAAGGAAUCACUCAGCAGUAGGAAGACGCAAAGCUCUUUCUACAUGUGGGUCCCAUAUAACUGUGGUUGUUUUAUUCUUUGGACCUUCCAUCUUUGCCUACCUAAGACCUCCUACCACUUUCCCUGAGGACAAAAUAUUUGCCCUGUUUUAUACCAUCAUUGCUCCCAUGUUCAACCCCCUCAUCUAUACCCUGAGAAAUACAGAGAUGAAGAAUGCCAUGAAGAUGGUUUGGUGUCAAAAGCCAUUGUCAGGAGAGAAACACAAUUAAUUUGUAUUAUUCAUGGAAUGUUAAAAGAAAACACUGCACAACUUUUAAACUAACCUUGCCAUCAAGAAUGGCAAUCCAUUUUUAAGAUGCUCAAAGUUUUACUCAUUCAUAAAUAACAGAGACUAUGAAGAAUAAAUACUAACAACUAUUUUACUGUGCAACCUAGUAAGAAUAUACAUAUUCAAAUUAUUCUAGGUUAAAGAAGGAGUGUUGUAUUGUGUGAUCAAUUUCCAUGCUCAUUGAAAAUGUUGCUAGUUAUUCAAUUUGAUAUAUUGCCUGAUGAUAAACAUUUUUU